UAACACAGGCUAAGGAAACGUGUCCCGUUUCAGAUGAUCCGGGGCUGAUGGAACGCAGCGUCGGUGGAGACAUGGGAGGAAAAGAGGACGCGAAGAUGCUAGAAAACACAGUUAAACAAUUCAUCGAGUAUGUCCGCAAACAGGUUGAAGAGCAAGACCCAGUUUUUCUGAUCAGCGUCGUCGUGGCCUUAGCGGCGAUCAUCAUCACCUGCGUUUUUCUGAAGUACUUCCUCACCAGCAAAACCGUCCGGAGCGCCGUGCUGCUGGUCGGACUGUGUGACUCCGGGAAGACCCUCCUGUUCAGUCGGCUAGUAUCAGGGAAGUUCAAGCGAACACAGACCUCCAUCACUGACAGCAGUGCCCCUUAUAAAGCCAAAAGUGAUAAGGGCACAACUUGGACUCUGAUAGACCUGCCAGGUCAUGACAGUCUCCGGGCUCAGUACCUGGAGAAGUUCAAGUCAGCAGCCAGAGCUAUCGUGUUUGUGGUGGACAGCGCCAUUUUCCAGAAAGAAGUCAGAGACGUAGCCGAGUUUCUGUACGUCCUGCUGACCGAUAGCGUGAUCUGCCGAAACACCCCAACUCUCCUGGUGGCGUGCAACAAACAAGACAUCACCAUGGCAAAAUCUGCCAAACUGAUCCAACAGCAGCUGGAAAAAGAAUUGAAUACCCUGAGAGUGACCCGCUCAGCUGCUCUCGGCUCCCAGGACGGCUCCGUUGGCGGCAGCGUGUUUCUGGGCAGAAAAGGCAAGGACUUUGAGUUCAGCCAGCUGCCUAUGAGGGUGGAGUUCCUGGAGUGCAGUGCCCUCAGCAACAAGGCAGAAGAGGGAGAGGCGGACAUUAAAAGCCUGGAGAAGAGCCUGGCUAAACUGUGAAAUCUGCAGCUUAACACCCUCUGCACGAAGUGUCGUCUUAAAGGCACAACGCUCCAACCAGAAAGUCCAUUUAUGCCUAAGUAAGAUAGAGCACAGUAAGGAGAAAUGCCCCCAAGUGAGACAUCUCUAAACUCCAUUUCAACAGGAAGGAAAAGAAGAAUUUCUGAAAUGGGAAGUAUAUAUAUAUAUAUAUAUAUAUAUAUAGAUAACCCCCACAUGCUUUAAUAGACAAAGUAUUCGUGAACAGCGCUGGUGUGUUUGUCAGGUUGCUCUGCAGCUCUGAGAAAUCCUCAGAAUUUUGUUUUGCUUCCAAAAUGUACAGCUGGAAACUUAGAAAAAUGAUCAGAUUUAUUUACCGUUUGUCGAAGUUGCAUCAACUGAAGCAUGACCUGUGUUUUUCUUCUUAACAUAUUUAAGUCUUUCAGUGCCUUUUUUUCCUGUAUCCGCAGAAAGUUUUUGGUUUGGCUGUUUAUAGACUGGCUUACAGUGAAAAACUGUUUCAUUUCUUUUGAAUGUGUUGAUAUGCUGUAGUUCCGUUUUAUUCUAUUCUGCUUGUUUAAGGAAAACAUGUUUUGCAGGGAAACAAGACUUGUUGAUGAAACAGUCCAAAUACUUUACAGAUGAGAUGACUCAAGAUUUUAUUUCCACAAACCAAUUUAAGUUCAUUUUCAUGUUUGUCUGGUUUGGAGUCGUUUUCAUUAAAAACUGUGAUUUCGUUUAAAAAAUAAAAGUGUUUGAAAUACGA